AUGCAGGCUGGCGGGCCCAUGGAGCAGAGCGUGGUGUGCGGGAUACAGCUGGCCCUGAAGGGAUGCCAAACGCAGAUGAAGUGGCACCGAUGGGGCUGUCCCGAGGGAGACUUCAAUAAAAUGCACGGCAGCAGGACAGCGACAAGGGAAAGUAGCCUGGUGCACGCCAUCACCUCAGCCGGCGUGACCUACGCAGUCACCAAAAACUGCUCGCGGGGUCUCAUCAAAGGCUGUUCUUGUUCUGAGGGCGGCUCUCGCUCCCAGCGAGACUGGAAGUGGCAAGGAUGUUCUGAUGAUGUCCACUUCGGCUCACAGGUGGCUGAGCGCUUCCUCGACUACCUGGAGAUGGCACAGGACGCCCCGGCCCUUGUCAAUCGACACAACAAUCGAUUAGGCAGAAUGGCUGUGGCACAGGCCCUGCGUUUGUCAUGCAAGUGUCACGGAGUGUCGGGUUCCUGCACAACUAAAACUUGCUGGCGGCAGCUGCAGGCCUUCACUGCCGUGGCGGAAGUUGUGGGACGUAAGUACCGAAGGGGCGUAAAGAUCAAGGACAUCAAUGCCCUUCUGGAGCACUCCUCCCAGGACACACGAGGAGACGCAACCCAGCACAGAGGCUCCCUCGCUCGACCCCGUCACCUUGCUUACCUCAAUGACUCGCCUGAUUACUGCCAAGUCAACACCACGACUGGCUGGUCAGGGACUGUUGGACGGAGGUGCUCGAGGAAAAAGGGUGCCGGGGUCACCAGGACAGAGAGGAGGUCCUGCAAGACCCUGUGUCGUGCCUGCAACCUUGCAGUAGACAAGAAUGUCUCCAGGAUAGCCGUCCCCUGCCGGUGCCGUUUUCAGUGGUGCUGUAAGGUGAAGUGCAGCACAUGCCUCAAGAGGAAGGUCACACUCUCCUGCAGCAACAUGCAGCUUCAGUGA